GUGAACGCACGCAUGAUGCUGUCCAAGCAUCCUUCAAUCUCCUGGAAAGACCUCAAAUGACUUCUCUAUCUCUGCUUGGCUUCCUCUUAUACCUCUUUUAUAUCUUUCCUUCUUAGUUUUUUCACCUUCUCUUCCUCUCCUGACACCUUUUAAUUCUCUUGACUAUUUCUGUCCCCUUAUCUCCUUUUCUUCCUCCUCGUCUUUUCCUGUCUGCCUUCUCCGGGUGUGAGAAGCCUCCUUCUGCUGCAUGUUUUUGCAUGAACAGCUCACCCAUGCCCUCACAAAUCCAGCGGUAUUCACUGCCUUUUGUAUCCAGGGGAGUAAACAAUGAAACUGAAGACGGAAGAAGACCCAUUUCAGAGCCAGGAGCAGAAACGUCCCAAUAGAGGACUCAGGAAUAUUAGCCUGGCAACAUGAUUGGCUGUGAGGGCCUGAACAGCUGAGCUGCAUCAAUGGCGUGGGCCGAACCUCAGCACCAUCCAGAUCCACAGCCGCUACCAAAACAGACACAGCGCACACUUCUGUUUCACUCGUUUUUACUCCUGUUCUUGAUCGAUUCCUUUGCUAAUGCUGGUCCAGCAGAGCCCGCCCGUCUCCCACUCCUGUCCGGACAGCCUUUCAUUAUCUUCUGGGGGAUCCCAGACUCUUCCUGUGCCGGUCGCCUAAACCCUACGACCUUUGGCAUGGAACGGGAGGGUCGAGUAGCCGUCUUUUACGAGGAUUCGCUGGGUAACUACCCAUAUUUUCUGGACAAAAACACACCAAUCAACGGAGGGAUUCCACAGUACACAAGACUGGAUGGCCAUGUGCAGAAGACGAAGCAAGACUUGGAGGCGGCUUUGCCCGCGCCCCGGUACCUCGGCCUGGGGGUCCUCCGUUGGGCCGAAUGGGUCCCCCAGUGGUCAAGAAACCAAGAGAAACAAGCAAUGUACCUGGAGGCUUCCAGGAAACUGCUCCGGAGUUUCUUCCCGAAAUGGACCUCGGAGGAAGUGGAGAAGUGGUCACGGGUGGACUUUGAGGCAGCAGCUCAGUCAGUCAUGGUGGAGACUCUGCGGGAGGUUAAAAGGUUGAGGCCCAAAGCAUUGUGGGGAUUCUCCCCUUACCCGAGCUGCUAUAACAGUGACCCCGCCCAGACGCAGUCAGCCAAUUACAGCAGCCAGUGCCCCCCUACAGAGAUGGCCCUCAACGAUGAGCUUCUGUGGCUGUGGAAAAGAAGCUCUGCGCUCUUCCCCCUCCUGACCCUGGAGAAGCGACAGGGUGGGACAGCGGCAGCCAGGUCCUUCUUGUCAAGUCAAAUAAAAGAAGCGCUGCGAGUUGCAUCGGCGGCUGGAGCAGAGUUUGAUCUGCCUGUUUUUCCUCUGGUAAAGAGCGUGUAUGAUUCAAGCAAAACUUUCCUAUCACAGGCUGACCUCAUCAACACUAUAGGAGAAUCUGCUGCCAUGGGAACAGCAGGAGUUGUCAUCUGGAAUAGAAGUGAGAUGAAAACAGAGAGAGAGUGCCAAGACCUGGCAGUGUUUGUCCGUAAAGUCCUGGGCCCUUACACCGUCAACGUUACCGCAGCAACUCAGUCCUGUUCCUCCUCCCUCUGUCAGGGGAAAGGUCGCUGUGUUCGUCAAAAUCCAGACAGCUCCGCCUACCUCCACCUACCGACCCAACCCAGUGCUGCAGACAAGACAACCGAAAAGGCAGAGGGAGCAGAAGCCACCCAACAGCCAGAUGCAGAGACUAAAUCGGCUGAACCAGAUCCAGCUGAGAUCUGGAAGAAAGACUUCCAGUGCCAGUGGUACAAGAGUGCAGAUGGGGAAAUCUCUGAGCGGCUGCCCCCCAAGGACGGCGUGUCUGUUGGAGGAAAAGCUGAAGGAAGCGCUGGGAACACAGCGGAGACCAGGACGUCUUCCACGACAAAAAGUGCCUCUGACGAUCUGUUUAGAGGAAGUGAUUUUCCUGCUACUGGAAGUCAAACAGUUUCCCUAGAGAUACAGACAGACAAUGGUACGAACCUACUGGCUGCCCCAACCCUACAAACUUUGCUUCUGCUGCUGGGGGCUGGAUGCUUAUGCCUGUGACCUUAAAAUAAAAAACUAACCCAGUCUUCUGCAAAGAAGGUCAAGAUGUAAACUGCAAGUACAAAUCUCAAUCAAGUGCCUUUUAUAAUCGUCUCUGACAGCUGUAGGAUUGCUGCUUUUAGCUAAAUUACUCACUUUCUUUUAACAAAGGAAUUCAAACUAUAUUUAGAGCCGAUAUCACUGAAUGUGCCAAGACACUGAGGGAAGGGAAAGAGCAGGAAACGGCUAGUAUAAAGGUUCAAGUACGAUGGCAAAGUGGCAAACUUUGUUUUAUGGUGAGGAAAGCUAAUGUCUGUUAAUAUAGCGCUAAAUCCCAAAUAUUGCUAAUUUAAUCUCAGCUUUCCAGACUCUGAAGACGUUUUUCUGCUGAUUCCAGGUGGUAUGAUGUGAAUUUCAGGCAAAGUGACUAUUACUCCAAAUAAAUAAUUCACUGAAUUCAUCCUAUCUUUGGAUAUCUUUCACUUCAAAAAAAAAAACUCUUCAAAAAGCUUCCACUUUUAGCUGGUCUUCAAUUGAUUGUAUUCACACCGCUUUCUUUUAUGAGCUCGUGGUGUUUUAUGGCUGAUCCAUACUUUUGUAAUUUAUGUUGUUAGCAUUAUUUAUAUCUUGUCGGUGCAGAACAGUGAUGUAUUAAAUCUGCUUUAAAAACUGAAUAAAAAUUCAAGAAAAAAGUGAGCUCAAACAAGAACGAGGCAGCGUUAAUAGAUACUACAAAAGAUAUUUAGCUCUAUUAUAUAUAUCUAAAGGAUUAAUAAAUCCAGUCAUGUUCCAGAUAUUGUUUCACAUGGGAGCUCCUCUCUAAUGUCAGAUAUCACACAGUGAACAGACCCAUCAUGGAAAACAACUUUCGAAUUGCAUUUCCUCCAAAGCUGGAAGUAAAUUCACUGAGCAAAGAUUAAAGUCAAGGGAUGUUCUUGUUCUCACAGCUGCCAAUGACUAGUUUAAACACAAAAGUCACAGAACAUGAAUUUCCAACCUUCUCUGGGCUACAAUUUUUGACAAAGUUGUACAAAAAAAAUCUAAAUUUACAGACAUUAAAGCUUGUAUGAAAAAAAAUUGCUGAAUUUCUGAGAUCUUUGGCCUCCCCUGUCUGAGUUUUGGUGAAACUACACCAGGACCUCAUUACAAUUUUAAAAAAAAAAGAAGAUUUAUUAACCUUUUUAGUAUGAGGCAUAACCCAUGAUUAGAUGUGCAAAAGGAAACAAAACAGUUAUAUACACAGAUUCAACUGUAUAACAGAAGGGAAAUGAUUGUAUCAUUUCUUUUGUAUCUUUUAUUUUUUUAUAUUUGUAUUAGCUGAUUUAGAAAACCCUGUGUUGUUUUUGCUGCUUAAUGUUGGCACUUUUUAACAUUUUUGUAGCAAAUGUAAGCACCAAUAAGGAGCACAGAAGAGCUGAAUUUUUAACUACCUCCUCGUUUAUGUAUAUUCAAUACAUAAAUGUUUUUGGACAUUUAACUAUGAAGCCAUGCAGGCUGCAUAAUGAAGAUGUGCAUCUUGUUUGCU